AUGGCGUCAUCUCUAGAUAUGAUACGUAAUAACCGAAUUCGCAUACCUACUGCAGGACGCGCGAGCUCAAUCGCUGGGAGCAGGUCACUGGGACCACGGCCUAGUUUGCUUCCUUUAGGCAUCAACGUUUUUGAAUCUAAUGUCAGUGUGACUGAUCAACAAAAGGUCCGCGAGUUUCUAGAAACGCGUGCGCAUACCGGAAAAACACCAAAAAAGGCGUCAUGCUCCCUCACAUUCAAUCCUCAGCUACAGCAAAGCUCAUCUCGUGGUCGCAGUGUUCGUUUCUGCGUAGAGGCUACGAUCAGCGAGCAGAGGGAAUCAGGAAGCGAUGAAAUGUUAGAGGAACCGUCGAAUGUGCAGUCCACAUCAGCUCCUGAUCAAAGUAUCACAUCAAACAUGACAACACCAGUUCCACAAUCUAUCUUAAAGAAGAAAGCCAAGGUUUGACG